AUGGGGAGGCAACCCUACAUGAACUUGCUUGCCCUGGGGCGAUCCCCUUAUGAGGCACCAGAAACUCCUCCUCAGGGUUAUGUUGCUGGAGAACGUCGCACUGAAGACAAUGUCAACGCCGAUGGCUACGUUCAGGAGUAUGACGUCCGCGGCCAUCCUGUCAAUCUGAGUUCAAAAGCUCUAGCUAGGCAGCUUCGGAGGGCGAAAAAUGACAUUUUGUCUACCAUGGGAAUUGUUGUCAGUGGCGAGGACGGCACCUUGGGAAUAUCAAAAGAACGGCAACGGAUGAAUCUUCUGUCAACGGAAAAUGACUAUGGCCUUGCCCUGGCGACACUAGACCAGGUUGCGAUGUUCUUUUCAUCGUGGUGGACAACAUCGCUCGCCGCCCGUAUUCAGGUAUGA